CAUACAUACAAGGCCACAUAUUAUUUAUAAACGUUAAAGGCUUUGUCACAGACUUCUAGUCAGCUGUGGAUCAAAACAGUCAAAAAGACAAGAAGGACCACAUCAAAUCUUUGAACCGGUUUGACACUGUAUGAAAUGUUAGUUUCAGUUGAACAUUCACAACACCGGUGAGGAGAGCUCUGCUGGAUUCGCCCUCUGUUCCAGACUAAAAUCAAGGAAAAGGGAUAAUUUUGUUGCUGCAGAGAGGAACUACUUUCACCCGUAGCAGAAAUGAAGUUGAUUGGGUUAAUUCUGUACUCUGUCUACGCCUCAGUGCCUACCUUUAUCUACCUGUUCCCCGGGAUAAUGAAAUUAAUCGUAUUUUCUCACAUCGAGUUGGCUCCAUCCAAUGUGGAUCUUAGCAAACCUCAAAACUUGCUGAACUACACAUCCAACUUCUACUUCAACGUAGAGGAGGGCGUCUCAGUGGGUGUCUGGCAUACACUCCCUGCCAGCCAAUGGGAGGACGCCAAGGGGAAAAGCCCUGAGUGGUACCGGAGCACUCUGGGAGACGGCAGUCCUGUUAUUCUCUAUCUCCACGGCCAAAGAGAGACCAGGGCCUUAGACUACAGAGUGGACCUGGUGAAGGUUUUAAGCGCUGCAGGGUACCAUGUCAUAUCUUUUGACUACAGAGGUUUUGGAGACUCCACUGGGAGCCCCACUGAAGCCGGACUGACCAGGGACUCCGUCUCCCUGUACCACUGGGUCAAGAAUCACAGCAGAGGUCUCGUCUGUGUGUGGGGACACUCACUCGGCGCCGCGGUGGCAACCAACACUGUAGUGAAGUUACAGGAACAAGGGUCUGCUGUUGAUGCUUUAGUCCUUCAUGCUCCAUUCACAUCUUUCAAAGAAGUCAUAUUCACUAGUUCCUUCGCUAAGUUUUACCAAUACCUUCCAGGAUUUGAGAAGUUGGUUUGUAGCAUCUUGGAUAAGAUCAACGUUUCGUUCUCUAACGAUAAAAAUGUGAAGAUCUUGACCUGCCCGACUCUUUUCAUCCAUUCAAAGGAUGACGAUACGGUCCCUUUUGAGAUGGGUGUCAGGCUGUUCAAGAUAGCCCUCCAGGCUAAAAAAGACAAUAACAGAAAUGUUACGGUUGAAAUGAUCACCUACAGCGCCGAUCUUGGAUACCUACACAACCACAUCUACAGAGAUCCCAAUCUGCCAAAUGUGAUCGGGAAAUUUCUACAAAACCUGACUACAUCAGCUCUCCCUCCUCCACAGUAGUAAAUAAGGCCCAGGUCGUGGAGGGCAGCAAUGUCAAAUAUGUAUGCUUAUAUGAUUGGAUCUCGCUCUCCACACUGACUCUUGGUUUACUGUGUUGGUGCUAAAAGAUUGUAACAGACAUUUUUUUUUUAAAUGCCAGUGCUUUGACUCAAGUGCUUUGACAAUAAAAAAAAGUGUU